GACUUCCGCCCUCCUGCCGAGCUCGGGGCUGCGUGGAGGAGACGGCGAUGCCGACCGGGGACUUUGACUCCAAGCCCAGCUGGGCCGACCAGGUGGAGGAGGAGGGCGAGGACGACAAAUGUGUCACCAGCGAGCUGCUCAAGGGCAUCCCCCUGGCGACCGGGGACAGCAGCCCGGAGCCGGAGCUGGUGCCGGGGGCCCCACUGCCGCCCCCCAAGGAAGUCAUCAAUGGCAACAUCAAGACGGUGACAGAGUACAGGAUUGACGAGGAUGGCAGCAAGUUCAAGAUUGUCCGCACCUUCAGGAUUGAGACGCGGAAGGCCUCCAAGGCCGUUGCGAGGAGAAAGAACUGGAAGAAAUUUGGGAACUCAGAGUUUGACCCGCCAGGGCCCAACGUGGCCACCACCACGGUCAGCGACGACGUGUCCAUGACUUUCAUCACCAGCAAGGAGGACCUGAACUGCCAGGAGGAGGAGGACCCCAUGAGCAAGCUCAAGGGCCAGAAGAUUGUGUCCUGUCGCAUCUGCAAGGGCGACCACUGGACCACACGCUGCCCCUACAAGGACACGCUGGGGCCCAUGCAGAAGGAGCUGGCCGAGCAGCUGGGCCUGUCCACCGGCGAGAAGGAGAAGCUGCCUGGAGAGCUGGAGCCCGUGCAGGCCGCCCAGAACAAGACUGGCAAGUACGUGCCGCCAAGCCUGCGGGACGGCGCCAGCCGCCGGGGCGAAUCCAUGCAGCCCAACCGCAGAGCCGAUGACAACGCCACCAUCCGUGUCACCAACCUGUCGGAGGACACGCGAGAGACUGACCUGCAGGAGCUCUUCCGUCCCUUCGGCUCCAUCUCCCGCAUCUACCUGGCCAAGGACAAGACCACCGGCCAGUCCAAGGGCUUCGCCUUCAUCAGCUUCCACCGCCGUGAAGACGCUGCCCGCGCCAUUGCUGGGGUGUCAGGCUUCGGCUACGACCACCUCAUCCUCAACGUCGAGUGGGCCAAGCCAUCCACCAACUGAGCUGCUUGCUGCCGCGCCUCUGCUGGGACGCUGUGCGACAUGCUGCCGUGGGGCGGGGUCUCUGAAGGCAGUAAAAACCUUGAAGCGGC